GCCUGGCUGAGCAACUUCCUGGAUCGCUCCGGAAGCCUGCGCGGGCAGCUGGUGGCCGUGAAGAGCGUGAAGGAGCCGGAGCCUUUGGCCAAGCAGAUUAUGAAGGCCGCAGCUGUGGCUUUCGGUGGUGGUCGGCAGGGCGACUAUCCCAAGGUUGGCGUUUCUCCGUACAGCUCGUGA